GUAAUCCCCCUCUCUCUCUCUCGAAUCCCUCUCUCUCUCUCUCUCUCUCUCUCUCUCUCUCUCCCGCCAAAAGUCAUGCUUCUGAGAGCUGCUGCAUCUUCUUUCUAUCUCUAUGCAGAUGGAGAAACUCACAACAACGCAUUUCUCUCUUCUUCAUCUCUCUCAUUUGCUUUGAAUUCUGCUACUUCUUCUAUCGUGCGUUUUACACAGCGGAGAGGAGAUGGUGUUGUUGCCAUGGCUACCAAAGGGGCAAAUAAUCGUCCGCUUACUGGCGUCAUAUUCGAGCCUUUUGAAGAAGUGAAGAAGGAGCUCCUCAUGGUCCCAUCCCUCCCUCAAGACUCCCUCGCUCGUCACAAAUUCUCUCAAGAUUCAGAGGCCUCGAUCAACGAACAGAUUAAUGUGGAGUACAAUGUUUCGUAUGUCUAUCAUGCCAUGUUUGCCUACUUCGACAGGGAUAACAUUGCACUCAAAGGCCUUGCUAAGUUCUUCAAGGAGGCCAGCGACGAGGAGAGAGAACAUGCUAUAAAACUGAUGGAAUAUCAGAACAAGCGUGGAGGAAGAGUGAAGUUACAGUCCAUUGUGAUGCCUGUCACUGAGUUUGAUCACCCUGAGAAAGGUGAUGCUCUGUACGCAAUGGAACUAGCUUUGUCUUUGGAGAAGUUGACAAACGAGAAACUUCUCAAUUUGCACACGGUAGCGGAACGAUGCAAUGACGUCCAAAUGAUGGAAUUCAUUGAAGGCGGGUAUUUGGCUGAGCAGGUGGACUCGAUAAAGAAAAUAUCAGAGUAUGUUGCUCAGUUGAGAAGGGUAGGCAAAGGACAUGGAGUUUGGCAUUUUGAUCAGAUCCUUCUCAAUGAAGGAGCUGUUGCUUGAGAACAAAAGGCGAGUUUUAUCUUCUUUCUUUUUUUCUUUUCUUUUUUUUCUUUUUCUUUGGUUUUUGCUCUGGUGAGUGUUGUUGCUUAGUACUGAACUAGAAACUGGUUGGUUAGAAAAUGUACAAUGAGGAUUGCCACCUAAUGCACAUGGGGCUUAUGGCUCACCGUUUAAAGAUGGUUGGCAGGAAUUGAGCUGCAUUUCAAAAUCAGAAAAUUUCAAAAGUCCAUUUUGGAAUCCGUUUUAGGAUUCCCACUAAACAUUCCUGCAUGGUGGGAGAUAGGGCACACUGCCUGUCGGUGGACCGUGGGGUCCUAAUCUUUUCAAUAUCAAUGAUAAGUUUGAUAUGUUGAGUGCUUCUCUUGGA